AUAGGCGAAGAUACGUUUUGGUUUAUGUAAACUGGACCUCUACUGUUCCCGUCGAGCUCUCCUCUUCUCAUAACAUACCAUCAACCUCGCUUCUGGGCACUGUCUCCGGCUGUGACCAGUUCCUGUCUGGAAUGGAACAAGCAGCGCCGCCCUCACCCGCUCCCUCAAACGAAGAUAUUUACCAGAAGGGCCUUCAUCACUUGAUCCGCCAUAACGCGGCAACUUCAUAUCCGCGGGGCCCUUUCUCUCCAGACACAGCCCCAAUGGGGCGGCCACACCCGCAGUCGAGGCUUGGGACGCCCGGCCCACAACACGAGCUGCCCUACAACAACCCAUCUCCAUACCGCCAGAGAACUCACGAUGCGCAUAUGGUGAGACAGCACUGUUCUUGCCAUCUGGGGCGGUAGCCUCGUGCCUCACUGCUAUAAUCGACUGACAUCGGGUAGCAGUACCAUACAGGGUACGAAGGAGCAGGAGCACUAUAUAAUCCCAUGGGCGAGUCGGGGUAUCGACCGUACAACACACCCGAUACCUCGCCUCCCACGCCUGCCCGCGGCGCAGAUGUCCUUACGACACGAAGUGGCUUGACAAUCCAGAAACGACCGUCGACCAAUAAACCCCUGGCUGCGCGGGGCGCCCGUGUAGAGAAACAAAGCCCGCGAAAGAAGAAAGACAAAAGCAAAGCAACCAAGAAGAUUGAUGAAAUCCGGAUCCCGCUGAGCGAGCUAGCUGAGGAACACCCCGAAGUCCUUGUUGCAGACAUUGACGCUUAUGUUAACAGACCGGCAGAGGAACGGAUGAGGGAAGUCGAGCAGAGCAAAACGCCUGGCAAGAUCAAGCGCCCUAUGAACGCCUUCAUGUUGUACCGCAAGGCCUAUCAGAACCUAGCUAAGAGCCUCUGUACACAAAACAACCACCAGAUGGUCUCACAAGUGUGCGGAAGCGGUUGGCCACUUGAGCCAGAGCACGUACGGGGGCAGUUCAAUGAGUGGGCCAAGAUCGAACGAAUGAACCACCAGGAAGCCCAUCCCGGGUACAAGUUUACGCCCUCGAAGCCCAAGCCCAAACCGCAAGAAGAUCGAAACCUGCGAUCCGAAGACGGUGACCUGGACGAUUUUGACUGGGCUACAGGCCGGGCGGUACCCAAGAACAGACAGACGAAGAGGCCGAAUCAUACCCGACAUGAAGCGCCCCCGUCCAUCUUCCAUUCAUACCCGGCCAUCGCAGGAAGUCCCCCGGCCAUGUCGUCGCACCACAUGUACCACUGCAGUGACGUGGAGAGGUCCUUACCGGGCUCUUACGGCCAUGAUAUCCUGCCCCCUGGUGAAUACUACCAACAGAGUGCCCGUCAACGGCAAGACGCGCCCGGCUUCAUGGAGGACAUGGUGAUCAGGAGACCCUCGCCUACAAUGGGUUAUGUCGCUGGCUUGAUAGACGAGAGGUACGAGCCACUGGACCCGUACGGGCAUGGGCCGCCGCAUGGAGUAUUGGGCUCGGUACUAGGCCCGGAAAUGUCAGAGCCUAACGGACAUUCAUAUGGUGAUAGCGGCGGCGGCGGGUACGGAGACCCGCUGCUAGGAGAUCACCAAAGAUGGCCUCACCAUUUGAUUUCGGGCGAAGCAGCGUUGCCGAUGUACGACGAUGCUUACUUGGAUCCGCAACUCCAACUCCUUCGAGGCCAGGACCAUAGUUGGAAAGUGGAAGAGCUGGACGGCAGUCAUUAUAACGAUUGGAUGGAACACCCCGAGUAGCGAAGGGCAACCCUCCGAUCUUACAAGUCUCAGUGGAAAUCUGCGCACGACAUUCUGCAGGCCAGACGGGGAGUAUUGCGAGUGCUCUUCGAAUAGCAUCCCGCGUAUGCACUGGGGGCGGUUUUUGAUCCAAGGGGAGCCAAGCUGGCGGGAGCCGAUGGUAAUACACUUAUGG